AUGGAUGCUCACCUGCUCCAGCCCAGUCACCGCGCGGCCCUCAACAACGCCGUGCUCCUGCAGCUGCAAACGCUUACACAACGUCCCGACAACGAAGCCAUCUGGGAUGCCUUUCACCUACUCGACUGCGUCCAGUUCCACGUCCAGGCCUUGGACCCCGACGCCGUCCAAGCCAUCCACAUGGGCCAACAACCCCAGACGCUCUGGACCUACAUCCAGUCCCUCUACGAGCAGAAACGCUACACUCUGGUGGCAUCCUGGUGUCGCCUCGCCCUGCACUCCUCCCUGCACCAGUGCGCUCCCACCAACCCACCCACCUUUCUGCGACGGCUCCUCGCCGCCCUCAUCGAGCUCGGCCAGUACGCCGACGCGCUCACCGUGCUCGACUCCCUGCCCUCCGACGAGCUCACCACCCGCUUCCUCGCCUUUCGCCUGGCUGUCCGCGCAGGGGACGCCGCGCUCGCGCAAGAGUGUCUGCAGUGCAUGGCCACGCGCGCGGACAAGGACGAGGCGCGCGACGCGCUGUACGCCUGCGUGCGGGAGGCGCAGGGCGCGGGCGACCGGGUGCGCACGGUCGAGGCGCUCCGCGCGACGGCCGCGACGUGGAGGGGCGAGGUCGUCGUGGCGGCCAACGUCCCGGCGCUGCUGCGCUGCGCGAUCCGCCUCCUGCAAGCCGAGGAAGCGGCAGAGCCGCUCGACGCGGAAUCCUUUGUAUCCAGCGAGACGACGGCCCCGCCCCCCGACUUACACGAGAAACCGGGUGUUCUAGCGGCCAGCUUUGUCGCCGACCAUGCGCGCGACACCCACGGGAACGCCGUCUUCUCGCCCGCCGAGUUGCGCUGGUUCAGCGCCAACGCGUACAAUCUCGGCGUCGCCCGGUGCACGGUGUGGGCGCCCGGCCGUCUCGCCUCGCUGUGGGAGAGCUGCCUCGUCUUCUCGCAGGCGGCGGCGCUACUCGCAACACCUAUCAGCGAGGAAGACGUAAAGGCGACCGAUGCCGAGGCCGCCACUCUCACGACUCUUCGCUGCCACUUUGUGCUGGCGUCGCUGUACGUUGCCGAAGCACGGCUCGUGCAAAGCGAGCACACGCGGAGCCUGUAUGCCGACGUGGAAAAGCACGCGGCGGCGUACACCAAGCUCUUAACUGGCUCCGCGGCGGCGGCGGCAAGAUGUCCCGACUUGCUGCAAAAGCUAGGCGUGCUCUGCGUCUUGCACUGGGAAGCCCUCCUGGCCCGGCAGUCCCACGAGCAUCUGCCGUGCAUCAUCCAGCAUGCGCGUCUGUGCAGCGACGUCGACGUCCUCAAGGCGCUCGGUGGCUGCGUCCUGCAGAGCGAGGCGCCAGCAAGCGGGAAUUCGCGGGGUUUCCCAGUCAAGAGCAGCAUUCUCAAACGCAUUGUCAAUGAAAUCUUCACCAUGGACAACUUCAAGAGCGCCCGGCUCGCGCAGUACCUCCGCUGCAUGGUGCAAGUCCUCCUGCCCAUGGCCGACGACGGCCCCGCGCGGGCGCUCCUCGAGCAAGCCGUGCAAGUCGCCCAAGAGUCCAAGCAGGUUGGAGUGGCGUUCCCCGCCGACGAAGCCCAGUGGCUGGCCGCCGCUGCCUUCAACCACGGACUCACCAGGUACGCAGUCCGGCAGGACAUGGUUGCGUGCGAUGGCUGGCUAAAUACGGCGUUUGCUUUGGCGCAGCAUGUCGGUGAUGAUGGCCAAUUCGCCGCGUCUCUGCAGCUACGGCGGCAGACGCUCAUGGACUCUUCACGCGCAGGCACGUUGUAG